AUGAAAUUUCCCCACAAAAUCACCGAAAAUGUUGAUUGGAAUUCUAUUAGGACUCAUACAGGCGCCGUCGCCGGCGGCCGCCCUUCGCCCAAGUUCUUGCUCUUUCUUGUUAUUCUUGCCUCCUCUAUUUAUGUCCUCUUUACAAUAACCUUCCUUUUCUCUUCUCACCCCUGCCACGAUAACCACCCUUUACCCACCGCCGCCGAUCGUCACCACGAGUACCAUUCCAAUGCUACAGACCACCAAGAAAAGACUGAAUUAAAGCAUAUAAUGUUUGGUAUUGCGGCAUCAGCGUCUCUCUGGGAAAAAAGAAAGGAGUAUUUAAAGCUAUGGUGGCGACCGGAGAAGGAAAUGCGGGGAUACGUCUGGCUGGAUCGAGCCGUCAAGACCUUUCCUAACGAUAUACUACCCCGGAUUCUAAUCUCCGGUAACACUUCUGGGUUUCGAUACACCAACAAGAAAGGACACAGGUCGGCGAUUAGGAUAUCGAGAAUCGUGUCGGAGACUGUGCGGUUGGGGGUGAACGGCGUGCGGUGGUUCGUGAUGGGCGAUGAUGACACGGUGUUUAUUACGGAUAAUCUUGUGAGGGUUUUGUCGAAGUACGAUCACGGUGGGUUUUAUUACAUCGGAAGUUCGUCGGAGAGCCAUGUGCAGAACAUAGCAUUUUCGUACUUGAUGGCGUACGGCGGCGGGGGUUUUGCGAUUAGUUAUCCGUUAGCGGUGGCGAUUGAAGAAAUGCAGGAUAGGUGUAUAAAGAGAUAUCCGAGUCUUUAUGGGUCGGAUGAUCGGAUGCAAGCAUGUAUGGCUGAACUCGGUGUUCCACUCACUAAAGAACUCGGUUUUCACCAGUGUGACAUAUAUGGAGACUUGUUUGGUAUCUUAGCCGCGCACCCUGUGACUCCAUUGGUAACUUUGCAUCACCUCGACCUAAUCCAGCCAAUUUUCCCAAACAUGACAAGAGUUCAAUCCCUAAAGCAUCUUAUGCUUCCUAUGAAGUUCGAUUCAGCAGGCCUUGUUCAACAAUCCAUUUGUUACGAGGUCGAAAAGAAAUGGACAAUCACGGUGUCAUGGGGAUUCGCGGUUCAAGUCUUUCGUGGGUAUCUAACACCAAAGGAAGUCGAAAUACCUCCUCGUACGUUCUCGAAUUGGUACAAAAAUACCGAUUACAAGGGCUAUGCUUUCAACACGAGGCCCAUUGCUAGGAAUCCGUGUCAGAAAGCGUUUAUUUUUUACCUGUCAAAGGCGAAACUAGAUUUGUCGACUAAUGUAACGGAAACUCAAUAUAUGCAUCAUCGUGUUACUCAACUUGAAUGUAAAUGGAAGAUGCCCGAUCCCGGUUCACUUGAGAAAAUUGUGGUUUACAAGAAAACCGAUCCACAUUUAUGGGACAGGUCUCCAAGGAGAAAUUGUUGUAGGGUUAAGGCGUCCAAGAAGAAAAGCUUGAUUUUAGAAGUUAGUGUAUGUAAGGAAAUGGAGAUUAGCGCAAUAUAA